CUGUAAUCGCCACGGCCGCCGCUAGUUGUGUAUUGUGUUUGCUGAUAGCUGAUAACUGAUAGGUAUUUCGUUUGUUUGUGUUUUGAACGUGUGUGUUACUCUAUGGUAUACUGUUAGCAUUGUAUACUGUACUUGUACUAUAUAGGUAGUGUGUUACCAGUAGGCAACAAUAUUGCUGUCGUUGUUGACGUCGUCAUUGUCUUCGUCGAUCAAUUAUUAUUAUAGGUACUAGCAUCAAACAACCGAAUAUUGAAAUACGCAUUACGUACGUUUGCUACACAAAUACGCCGACCACACGACGGCGUUCGUUUCCGCGAUAUUACUUUUUUUUGAAAGUUUGUUAGCUGCCGUCGUUGACCAAUUUGUAUAUUUCCCUUUCGAAAGUGAACCCGCGCUCGUGUUUCUUGCGCGUUUAGGCGUCUACCGGUGUUCUAAUCUUGAACUUCGGUGUACAAUGGAAUUAUUACGGAAACAGUAAGUCGUCGUCUUGAACGUUGUCUGUUACACGGUAACCUGGUUUUGGAUACCUACCUUAUUGAUCUAACGCCAGUGACUGAUCAUAUUAUAGUCAUGUCCUUUCAAUGUAGUCGUGAAGUAUACGCGAAACGGUCAGAUAUAAUGGGACGCAAAAGAAAAAUACCUUCUAGUAAAUCCCGUCCCGCCGUGUUGACCCGUUCCAUGGCCGCCACUGCCGGUACCACAAAUAACGGCCAGACAUUAGUUGCCAAUGAUUUAGAUGGUCCCUCCACAGAAAAUGAGAUGGAAAUGUUGACAAAAUAUAAUAAUACCAUAGUUCAGCUGAAAAGGCUUCAAAUGAUGUUGGUUCAUCGGGAUAAAAAAAUAAAGAUAAUAAGUCGUCAAAAUUCAUAUGUGAGUGAUUGAGUGUAAUAAUGUUAUAAUAAGCAUACCUAUUAGGCUGUAUAAUGUCUUAUUCUUAAUGGUUUUAUGAGCUUUUAAUGAAUUUUUUAAACGUUAUUGUUUUUGUUUAUUUUACAGCUAAAAUUACAAUUAACCAGAACUGACCAACACUGUACUGAGUUGAAUUUAAAAAAAAAGGAUCCCCUAAAUGAAUUACCAUGUACACCUGUGUCUUCAACAUGCUUGUCUGGUACAGUGGAUUCUAAUUUGGAAGAUUUGAAUUCUACUGAACCAUUAAACAAACAAAUUGUUGAAUCAAAAAACCUUGCAAGUUCUCAAGGUGAUAAUGUGGUAUUAGACUCUAGUUUAGAUCAAUUAAAACCCAGUCCGAAGAAACAACACAAAACAAAAAAUACUUCGACUAGACCACGUAAUGUUUUGAUUUAUAAGUUUUUUCAAUUGAGUUUGUCAUAUUGAAUUUAUUUAUUAUGUCCAUUAUUUAGGGAAUCUAGGUAAAAUGCGAGAGUUCAUUGUUGUUACUGAAAAUGGCGGAUAUUACACAUGUCUAGGGGAUUUUGAUCCUAAUGAAGAUAGAGAUGUGUGUUAUAGAAAACGAGAUUUAGAAGUAAGCCUUAAAUUUAAUGAAUAUAUGUUUAUUUUUAAAUUACUUAUAUUUCAUUAGUUUUAAAUUUAAAUCAAUUUAAAUUAUUUUUCUAUAAUAUUUAUCAAUACAGUCAUAUAUUAAACAAAAAUGUUUAGCUGAGUUAUUACUCAUAAAGUUUUAAUAGGAAAAUAAAGAAAGAAUUUGUUUAAGUUUUUCAUUCUUCUAUAGCAGUGUUUCUCAACCUUUGUAUUAUGGUGACACACUAUUAAAAUAUUUCAUACUUUGUGACACACAACAAUAAAAAUAAGAUUAAUGGGUAAUAUUAAAUAUUUAUAAUUAAUUGAUAAUGUAAACUUAAAAAUAACUAAGAAAAAUAUAACAAAAAACAGUAUUUUAAUGAGAAAUUUGUGACUGAUAUUUCUUACAUGAUGUAUCAAUACGUGGUGAAAUCUUUGACAAGACGACUCUUAACUCCUCUUUGACAUUAAUUAAUCUUUCUCUUUUUUUUUGUUUUUAAUUUUGUUUAAUGCAGAAAAAGCUAUCUCGCACAAAUAUGAUGUUGAAAAUGGUGGUAAUAACACGGAAAGAGCCAAUUUUGUUAAACUUGGAUAUUCUUUUUUUGUGUAAAUCCAAAAUUCGCCUAGCUUGAGCUCAUUAAUCUUCAUUUGAAGAGUGCGAUCGUUUUUUAAUUCUGCAAGUUCUUUUUCCUCUUUUAAUGAAAGAUGUGUGGUUUCUAAACUAGGAUUAAAUAGAUUCCUCACCCAAUCAAACAAUUUCAAAUCCAGCAUUGAAAAGUAAUGAUCAAGUUUUUGGUCUAAUAAUGUUAUUGAGUCAUUGAUAAUUGGUAUUAUUUUAUCAGUAAAUUUAGUUUUAGCAGGAAACAUAUCCAAAUUAUUAUCAUUUACCCUUCUUUUACAAAUCAAUAAUUUGCUUUUAAAUGCAGCCGUUUUGUCUGUAGUUGCUAAUUAAUUUUGAUUUUCACCUUGUAUGCUUAAAUUUAAUUGAUUCAGGUGUUCAAAAAUAUCAGCUAAAUAUGCUAGUUUUGAACACCAUAAUUCAUCGCGUAAAUAAUCGGAAUAUUCCAUUUGUUCCAUUAUAACAUAUACUAAUAGUUCUUCUCUAAGUUCAUAAAAACGUAAUAAAACUCGCCAUUUUGAUAACCAACAUAUUUCUAUAUAAAUAAUCAAAGUAUAGUGGUCAGAUUCCAUUGAUUUGCAUAACUGAGAAAAUAAUAAAAAAUUUUGAGGCCUACUUUUAUAAAAUUCACAAUUUUUACGACUUGAUCAAGUACAAUCUUUAAUUCAUUAACAAUACUUCUUGCAACUAAUGCCUCUCUGUGUAAAAAACUGUGUUGUUUUUAUAUAAGGAUUUUGAUUUUUGGCAAUUGUAAUAAAUCCUUUAAUAGAGCCUGUCAUUGAUGGCGCUUCAUUCAUACAAAUACAUACACAAGAAGUCCACGAUAUAUCAUAAUUUUUAAAAUAUUUAUUUAUGAUAUCAAAAACAUCUCAACUAGUUGUUGUUCUAAAUAAUUCUAUAAAACAAAAAAUUGACGCAACUAUUUUUGAAUUUUCAAUAAAUCUAAUAAAUGCCAUUAAUUGAGCUUUCCCACUAAUAUUUGUUGAUUAAUCAACUUGCAAGGCAAAUAGUUUUCCAUUUUUUAUAACUUCAAUAAUCUGCUCCUCAAUAUCCUCUAAGAUAUAUUUUAAUCCUUCUACUAAUUGUACUAUCAGAUAAUGGUAUUUUAAUUAUUUCUUUUUCUGCUUCGACUCCUAACAUAGUCUUUAUCAUAAUACGACAAGCUGGCAUAAUAAGACUCUUAGUAAUUAAAUGAAUUUUUUUUUUUUUGAGCUAUCAAUGAAACAAUACUAAUACUAACUUCCUGUGCGUUAUCUGAAAUUUUCACUGAUUUUACAAAUUGUUUUAAUUGUAGUUUUUUAGAAUCUAAAAGCCUUUGAAAAUAAUUAAUUUGUUUACUUUGUAAUGAUUGAUGUUUUGUGGUAAAAUGGCGUUCUAGCUUAUUGGGACCCAUUGAUUCGUUCGAAAAUUUUUCAUCACAAAUAAUACAAAAAGGAAUAAGACAAUGUUUGUCGCUGAUUCAAAAAAAUCCUAAUUUUAAAUAAUUUUCAUUGUGUUGACAAUAUUUAUCUUUGAAUUUUGUAGAAGAAUUUUUCUUUAAAACUGGACGAGGCAUUUAAAGAAGAUGACGAGUUUUUUCUUGUUUUGGAAUUGUCUUCAUCUGUAUUCUCUCUUACUACUUCUAUUUUUUUAAUCAAAAAUCUAUCCAUUUUAUUUCAAUAAGUAGCAAAAAAUUAUUGUUUUUAGUAAAUUAGGAAAAUAAAAGUCUAUUUGACUAUAGUUGUAAAUAAGAACUGAGCACACAAAUAAAGUGAGGUAUAGAUAGGGUGCAUGUUUAGUAUAAAUAUUUUAUACAGUAUACAAUAUUUAAAAAUAAAUAUUGAUAAACCAACCUUUAUCAAUUAGAAUUAUAAUGAUAAAAUGUAUUUAAUGUAAAAUUUUAAUUUAAAAUAGCUGAUAAUCUAUUUUUAUUUAUCAUAGAAAUUAUAUAAAAUACCUAUAAUUUUUGUAAAUAGUGUCAAUAAUGUUUGUACAUUUUGUGUUAUUUUAUAUUAGUACUUCAGACACAUUUGGACUUACCCGGCGACACACCAGUUGAGAAACACUGUUCUAUAGUAUCAUCAAGCCCCCAUAACUCAUAUAUACACAUAUGUUUGUGUUCUUGUUUAGUUCAUUAAUUCUAUACUGCACUAUCAUUUGUUUCUGACCUGUGCCAAUAAUAUCUAGUUAAAUUUCUGGUUUUAUUGUACUAUAAUAAAAAAAAAUAGAGUAAAUUUAAUUAUUUCUGUACAUGGAGAUAAAUUGUAACAAAAAGUGAUUUAGAUUGAAAUUUGGAUAAAAAUAUUAAAUAUUUUGAAAUGUUGUUCAUUUUUCUGUUUUUCAAUUAUUAAGAAAAUUAUCUCAAUACAUUUACUAGACAUUUUCAUCAGAAACUACCUGAGAAUUUAGUGAUUAGAGUUAGAUUUCUGUUAGAAAAUUUGUUCUUAAACAUAAAAAAACAUAAUAACUAUACAUAGCCAGCUAAACUCAGAAUUUAAAAUUUAAAAUACACCAUAAAUAGUGAACCUCUUAUUUUUGAAGUCUAUAUUAAGUAAAAAUAAAAUAUUUGACUUUAUAGCUUCCCAGUUGGAGAAUUAAAUCAUUUAGCAAUGGUUUUCCUAUGGAUGCUGCUGAUAUAUGUAGUGAAACUAUUGAACAAAUACAAUAUUAUUCAAAGUGUGAAAAGUCUGAACAAAAAAGGAAAAGGUAAGUAGGAAGUAGUUUUAAAUUAUUUUUUUUUUGUGUGCAUGUCCUUUGUUGUUUUAAUAUGUUAAUAAUUUUUUUAGAUGGGAUCUGCAACGUGCCAGGGAAUUAAGACAAAUAGAUUAUUUAAAGGAAGGUCGUUAUAAAAAAAGUUUACAAAACUUGAAUAAUGAAAAUACUGAGCAAGAUAUGAGAAGUUUAUUACCAAAUCCAGAUGGAAUUGAUGUGGUUCGAGUCACUGAUAAUUUACCUGUGUCUGCAUUUGGAUGCAAUUUACAUAUAAAAAAAAAUGCUGGAUCGUUAGUAUAUUUUAUUUAUUAUAAAGCAUAUUUCUCUUUGAUAAUCUGUAAAAUGGGAAUAGAAUAAGGACAAAACAAAAAAAACUUGUUUCAAAUUGGUGAUAGAAAUUCAAUAGUUGUUCUAUCUUGGUGAUAACAGUGCAAUUUUGUUCCAAACAAUAUUUCUGUGAUAUUUGCUAUUUUAACUAUUGGUAAAUUUUGUUGCUACUUCUUUAUCAUAUCGCGUUUUUUUGUGUAUGCAAUUAAAAUAAAAUAAAAAAAACCUGAAUUUAACGCUUAGACUUUUAUGUUUUAUUUUGUGCUGAUAAAAUUAUAUUUAUAAAAGUGUAUUAGUUAUUUUAUUAUGUAAGAGUUAUUAAAUACACGUGUAUGUAUAGUGUUACCUAAAAAGAGUAUCACCUAAACAUAUUCUUGAAAAUAGCAUCACAUAAUCAAAAAUUAGGUGACCGUUGUUACAUAAAGUGAUCCACAAGUCGAUCACUUGCACUUAACCACCUCAUAAAUAAAUAUGAUAAAUCUAUGCAUGUGUACAUUUAGCAAAGUGCAAAGUGAAAUUUGGAGAUUGCCUUUUAUGUGUGCUACAUAGACCUUAACAAAGUCUGAUGACUAUUAAAUUUUGAAUGAAAAAUAUUAAGAAGAUUCUAUGUACUCAAAAUGUAUUUAUUUAUUUAUUAAUUCAAAUGGGAUGAAUCCAAUAAUAAUUUUUUUUAGUUAAUUACAUUUGUUGACAGUUUUAAAUGAUUGACAUUAAAAAGUAUAUAUAUAAAAUUAACAAUAUAAAGAUAAACUAGAAGAUUCAAAACCUGUACAAAAAAGCAAAUAUAAAUGGCAUCCUAAAAAGUUGUAGAUUGACCUAGGCCAAGAAGAAGCUGUGUCUCAGAGGUUUUAGGAUUUAGCUAAUGAUUAAGGAACUGUGUCAAAUUAUUAAACAUAUUAAAAAAAAAAAACUAGUAUUCAGUUAAUCGUUUUCUUAUAUUUAGUUAAUUAUUUUUUACUAACAGACAGUGAACUAUUGCAUUAUAAACAACUUAAAAUAAUUAAUAAACCUACUAAAAUUAUCAAAAUAAUUAUUAAUAGGCAUGAAAAAAAACAAUCUUAUUUUAAGAAUAUUAGAUUUUUAGUCAAAUAAAUUGUCUUAAUGUAGUUUUUUUGUUUUUAUAAAAAAAGUAUUUGUUAAAUUAUGAGUAUAGUCUAAAAAAACUAAACUUAGAUUUAGUAAUUUGUAUUAAUUUAAAGAAUUUUUAAAUAUUUCUGAUAAAAAUUUCAAAACUAAUAAUAUUGUUAUCUUGUUAUGUUUUAGAACAUCAGGUUAUUUUAUUUAUUUUUUUUUACCUUUUUAUAAAUAUAUUCAUUUUGAUUUAUAUCCUUAAGCUAUGGUUUCCUAGAAAAGAAAUCCCUAGGAGCCCUAAUAUUGUGGUGGAAAAUACAAACAUGUAUAAACAAAUUUGGUGAUGGUUUCUUAGAGAAUGUUGAGUUUUGACCAAAAUGUCAAACAGCAGUGUACUUAGUUGCAUGGCGGGUGUUAAAUAGUUGUCAUAUUUAUUUUGGUGUAGUGGUUACCUUUAUAUGCCACAACACCAAAAACAUAUGUAAAUGACAGUAUACUGCUAGAUAACAGGCAUUUUUUUUUAGAAAACCAUUACAAAAUUAUAUCACCGCUACUAGAUAAUGUUAUACCACUUUUAUAGGAAUCUAAAUUUUAUCAUAAUAUAUUGUAUUCUUGAAAAAAAUAAUAGUUUUAAUGCUACAUUGAUUUAUUGUUCUACAGGUAUAAAUUUCAUUAUAGUCAAUGGUGUAAUGAUGGAACUGGGCCUUUACAAGAAGAUAAAGAGCAAGAAAUUCCUCCUCUUGAGGGUGGUGAUCCUUGGCGAUGUGAAUGUAAGGUCUAGUAAGACACAAUUUGAAUUACAAGUAUGUUUUUGUGAUUAAUAUUACAAAUAUUUAUUAAUCUAUAAUUUGUUACAAUAUAUUAUAUUAAAUUACAAAUUGGUCUUUUGAACAUUAUAUUUGUGUGUAAUAUUAUCUUUUGGUCUACCAAGAGAUCUACCAAACAGGCAUAAUAGACAAAUUACAAUACAUAGAACUUAAAGAACCAUUCAACUCAAAAAAUCAAUAAUUAUUUUAUUACCACUAUAAAUAGAAUACAGUCUAACUAGUAUAAUGAUACAACUAAAAUUAUUCGUUUGUGACUAUAAUGUAAUAUUGCCAUAUAUUAUAUAUGGCUGCCACUGCGUCGAAUCUGUGAUGUAAUGUGCAAUAUUAAAAAUCAUCAUAAUUAGCGAACGAUUAGUCACAAACAAAUUUUAGUGGUAUCAUUUUUUUGUGAUAGUAUGUACUAAAAUUUAAACCAAAGAAAAUAUUUUGAGUUGGAUGGUCUAUAAAGUGUCUUGCUUAAAUUGUAUUAUUUAGAAUUGUUAAACAAUUCUGUAAUUUAAGUCUUGUGUGUUGUAAUUUUGGAGUGAAGAACAUAAGGCCUUAAUACUAAAAAUAACUCCACCAUUCAAAUGAUAAAAGGCUGAAAUUAAAAUGUACCAAAAAUGUAUACCUUUGCUGUUUAUUAUAUUAACUGUAGACUGUUAAAAAGCUAUCUUUUGUAUUAAGUGUCAAAAAAUCAAAUUAUUUAGAAAAGUUCAAAAAUCAUUUAUGUAUGAUUUAACUUGUUCUAAAUUUAUUUACCAUCAUUUUCAAUUUUGAACAGAAUAUGGAAUUUAUUGGUUCUACUAUGAUUUAUGUUUUUUUUUUUAAAUUUAAAGUCCGCUUUAUCUAUGUGUCAUGUCACCUACAGAAAAAUGACUAGUGAAUUUUAAUCAAAUGGUUGCUUACGCCCAAUAGUUUUCUAACAGUUGAUAUGAUAAUGAUACUUUGAAUAUAUAAAAGAAAAUUCCUUUAAAAAGGCCAUUUAAAUUGUCCUUUCUAUAAUAUUAUAUAUACAGAAUACAGUUAAAAAUUUAGUUAUUUUGUAUAACAUAUUUGUAUUCACACCAUUUAUAUACGUUAAACACAUUUUAUUAUAUACAGCAAAUCUGUAAAUAAUUUAAUUACCCUAAACUAAACUCCCUUAGAAAAGUUGGGUGGUUAAAUAAACAAUCAAAUUUUUCAAAACCAAUUGAUCAAAUCAUGUAAAAGAUUAAAUUAAUAACUUAUUAAUAGCAUUUUAGAAUAUAGUUUAAAUAAAUUGAAUAAAUUGUUUGUGAAGUAAUAAAAAUAAAAAUUGAAUGUUAAAUACUUCUUAUAUAGUGUCCCAUGAAAAUAUAACCAUUGUAAUAUAUCUGGAAUAUUACAAAGUCAAUCAAAUAUUUGGUAAAAAAUUAAAAUAAUAACUUGAAAAAUUUGAAAAUAACCAUUUUAUAGAGUUUAUUUGUUUGAGAAUACUGCUGUAUCAACUUUUUAUUUUCAUUAAAUUCAUGACAAUAAUUUAAUGAAAAUAAAGUCAAUACUUAAAAAUUUAACUAUAAAAUUACUAUCUCCAAAUUUUUUAAACAACAAAAUAACGUUAUUUUUUUAUUUUUUACUGAAACAUACAAAUUUAAUUAAAAUAUAAAUAUUUUCAAUCUUUAUAUCUGCGAGUAUUAUAAAAAAAAAAAAAAACUAAAUUUGAUUAUUUUUCUUAUCUCAGGAAAUAUUGUAAUGGGUUUAUCUUUGUGGGACACUGUAUAGUGUAUAUAUAGAAAUAUUAAAAUCAAAGUUGUGAGUAUUUCUACUUGUACAUUAAUUUGUUGAUUUAAUUUUGAUUACUACCUGUUGAUGUCAGAUUAGCAUAUAUUAAUGUAGUAUAUAAUAAAAAUGCAUUUAUUAUAUUAAAAUACUUUUAUAGAUACAUGCUGUUAUUGCAUCAGUUAUGACAGUUGAUAUUCCAAUCUGUUGAAGGCAUAAGAGAUGAAUUUGAUCUACACAAACUAUUGUUGUCAUAGAAAUUGUCAGUUAUCAAUGUAAGCUUGGAUUGAACUAAAAAAAUAAUGUAAUUACUUGAAGAAAUUAUGUUAUCUUGAUGUUACCUUAAUGUUAGUAUUAUCAAAAUUUUAGAUGUAUAAUUUUGUAAAUUCAUUUAUUUUCUGUGAAUAUGUAUUUAUAAAAUGGAAACAUAAAAACAAAAAAUGAUAUAACUUUAAUAUUCAUUAUUAGGUUCUGUAGAUAUACUUACUAAUAAUUAUUUAAAUAUAUAUUAUACUAAUUUAGGUGAUAUUAAUUUGUAAAAUAAUUUAUUUUUACAUUAUGUACAUCCUAUUUUGGACAUUACUGUUAAAGAAAGGUUGUGUUUAUUAACCAUAAUAUAUUAGUUCUUUGUUAGUUUACAUCAAAUAGAACUAAAAAUAUAUUAAUGACAUUGUUCAAAGAAACAUAACUUUCUUUAUUAGUUUAUUUAAAUUUGUAUGCUGCUUUGAAAUAUAUUUUUAUAUGUAUAUAUACUUUGUCCACCAUAAGAGUAGUAGUCGGCGGCGACGCAUUUUCGUUGCCGAUGGUCAGAGCCCUCCCAUUUGAUGACGACCACAGCUGUUGUACAUUUUUCGCACACACAUUUAAAUUCAUAAAGUACGUAUUUCGUUCAUUAUACAUUGUGUGGCGGCAGCAAUGCAUUUUAAGUUAUUUAUGCAAGUCGGCUAUCAAUUGUAGACUAAUACUGCUCUCCGGGAUGGCAGAGCCAACGCUCUGUGCAUGUAGUGAAGGCCACGCACAUGCACAUAACUCAGCUGCCAACUACUACUCUUAUGGUGGAAAGAGUAUAUAUAUAUAUUUAUAAUAUUAUGUUUAUAAGCUAAAAUGUAAGAAACCAUGGAUAUUAAUUCUGAGUUUGAAUUUUUCAGUAGUUUUGUUAUCAACUUAGUUGCAGGUUCAGUACCUAUAGUCUUUUUAUAUCUUAUCCAUCCAUCUUUGUUUUGGCUGUUCUCUAGGUGUUUUAGUGUUUGGUGAUCAUUUUGCAUUACUACAUUUAAAAUUUUUAUAAAAUAUGACAAUCAUGAC